AUGCGAGAUUCUCUAGUAAGAUCUAAAAUUAUGGGUAUGGAAAGCACUGAACUAGGUGAUUCUAUGGGAGCCAUAGAUUUGAAUGAUGGGUGGCGAGAGUCAAUUGUCAACGAACUACUAAUGGAUAUGGGUCAAGGUAGUAUAGGUCGAGGCCCAGGUAUUGUUAUACCUGAUGAGUCUAAUUUAGUGGAGGUGGGCCUAGUCUCUUUAAUUUCAGACCAAGCUCAUAAGGAAUUGAGUCUUAAUACUAACGGACUAGUACUUCAAUCAAAGAAGUAUGAGCUAGGGGGUGGCUUCAUCCUACUUGAUAAAUCAAUCCUGAAG